UACUUGUUUCUCCACCUCCGCCCUCUCUCUCCCUCUCUCUCUAGAAUUGGUUUCUCAGGAGUUUAAGCUGAUAAACCAAACCAACAUUACCAUAUUAACAGAUCCAGUUUGUUAUUCUUGUCGUUACACUAAACAGAAGAAAAAAAAACUGAGUGAUUUGUAAUGGAGAUGUUCAUGAGACUGUAUUCAAUAGCAACUACUCUGUUUCUGCUUAUUGGGAUUGUACCUUUGGCUUUAGCAGGUGCACAUGACUAUAGGCAAGCUCUGAGCAAGGGCAUUCUCUUCUUUGAAGCUCAAAGAUCCGGUUACCUCCCUGGUACUCAAAGAGUCAAAUGGCGAGGCAAUUCCGGUCUCAUGGAUGGCAAAGUCAAUGGGGUGGAUCUUGUUGGAGGGUACUAUGAUGCAGGAGACAAUGUGAAGUUUGGGUUGCCAAUGGCAUUUACUGUGACAAUGAUGUCUUGGAGCAUAAUAGAAUAUGGAAAGCAAAUGGCUACUAGUGGUGAACUUGCUCAUGCCAUGGAUGCUGUCAAAUGGGGCACUGAUUACCUCAUGAAAGCUCACCCCGAACCCAAUGUACUUUAUGGAGAGGUGGGAGAUGGUAACACGGACCACUACUGUUGGCAAAGGCCAGAGGAUAUGACCACUUCAAGAAAUGCUUACAGAAUUGACAAAAAUAACCCUGGAUCGGACCUUGCCGGAGAAACUGCUGCCGCCAUGGCCGCCGCCUCCAUUGUCUUCCACCGCUACAAUCCUGCUUACUCCAAAAAACUUCUCACUCAUGCCUACCAGCUAUUCGAUUUCGCGGACAAAUACAGGGGCAAAUAUGACAGUAGCAUCACCGUGGCCCAGAAGUACUACAGAUCCGUCAGUGGAUACGCCGAUGAAUUGCUAUGGGCAGCUGCUUGGAUGUACAAGGCCACAAGCAAUAAGUACUACUUGGACUACCUUGGCCGGAACGGCGAUGCCCUCGGUGGGACCGGCUGGUCCAUGACGGAGUUCGGUUGGGAUGUUAAGUACGCCGGCGUUCAGACCCUCGUUGCUAAGUUCCUAAUGGGAGGAAAGGCCGGCAAUAAUGGACCGGUGUUCGGAAAGUACCAAGAAAAGGCAGAGUUUUUUAUGUGUUCAUGCCUUGGUAAGAGUAAUCGCAAUGUCCAAAGGACUCCCGGAGGCCUCAUUUUCCGGCAAAGAUGGAACAAUUUGCAGUUUGUGACGAGUGCAUCCUUCCUCCUUACUGUCUAUGCCGACUACCUGACUUCUGCCCGGAGAAACUUACACUGUUCUUCCGGCACCGUCACCCCACCUGAGCUUAUAGCAUUUGCCAAAUCUCAGGUGGAUUAUAUUCUUGGAGACAAUCCAAGAGCAACAAGUUAUAUGGUUGGAUAUGGGAACAACUACCCACGACAAGUACACCACAGAGGUUCAUCGAUUGUGUCAAUUAAGGUUAACCCAUCGUUCGUUAGCUGCAGAGGUGGUUAUGCUACAUGGUACAGCCGAAAAGCAAGCGACCCGAAUCUUUUAACGGGCGCCAUUGUUGGUGGGCCAGAUGCGUAUGACAAUUUCGCUGAUGAAAGAAACAAUUUUCAGCAGACUGAGCCUGCUACGUAUAACAACGCCCCUCUUAUUGGAGUUUUGGCUAGAUUACAUGCUGGUCAUGCUGGUAAUUACAACCAGCUCCUUCCAGUUGAAAUUCCUCUACGUAAGCCCAUUGCUGUUCAACCAAAGCCAACCCCACAAGGUUUGAUUGGAAUUUCACAGAAGACUACAAGUUCAUGGGUAGCUAAUGGCAAAACGUACUACAGAUACUCUGUUAUAGUGACUAACAAAUCAAGGAUGACAAUCAAGAAGCUGAACCUUUCGAUUACAAAGCUGUUUGGUCCUGUAUGGGGUCUCACAAAGAACUCAAACGGUUCAUAUGGGCUCCCAACAUGGGUGAGCUCACUAGCAGCAGGAAAAAGCAUCGACUUUGUAUACAUUCAUACUGAUUCUCCAGCGGUGGUCUCUGUUUCAAGCUACACAAUGGCCUAAUUAAAGGCUAAAGAAGAAUGAAAAGAUUGUUGAGGCAUACGAGGAGGCCAGUUAUCGGUUAUGAGAAAAGUCCAAUUUUUUGUGAUUUUUCUUUUAGGGUUUAAGAAUAAGGUCUGAAGAAUGGGGGAAGAAAGGAGUGAAGAGACAAUUUAAAAAGAAGUGCUCAUCCUCUUUCUCCUCCUCCUUCAUUAGGUCUUUGACACCAAUUGAAGCGGAUACAAGAAAAAGCCAUACUUCUCAUCACAAGAGAUGAGAAGGAUCCUUUUUUUUUGAGGUUGUUUUUUUUUUCUACUUCAAAUUAGCUUUGAAGUGUUGCAUGUUCUUGUUUGUUUGUGUGUAAAUUUAGCAACUUUAUCUUAUCUUGCAAUAUGAAUAUAGAUUUUGCAACAACUUGUGUGAAA